AUGGAUGCGCAGUUGGACGCACAAGAACAGCAGCUGCGGCGAACGAGUGCUUCAAAACCCCAAAACCAUCCAAACAUAGUACAACUUGAAACAUCAAGGGAGGAGGGUGGUAACGAUUCCCAGCAGUCAUGCAUGUACCGAUCACUGUCGGAUUUGUCAGAAGAAGAACUCCAGCCCAUGGAAGGACCACGCCACAUGGUCACACCUCCGAUUGGUGGUAAACUGUCGUUGGUAUGCUGCCAGACAACGGUUGGUCCUCUCUCAAUUCUAGUGCAUUAUAAAUGGGCGCCAUUGGGUGCAGCGCAUUUCAUGGAAAUGGUCACGACAGGUUACUUUAACUCUGGAGUUCCGUUCAUGCGAUGCAUCAAGAACUUUUUGUGUCAGUUUGGAUUGAACUCUGAUCCUACAGCAAAACAAAAAUUGCCGACGAAAGGAUCGAUAGAAGAUGAUCCAAAUUGGCUUCCGGAGGGUCCCAAUCAUCGAGAAAACAAGCAAGGUGUCAAGCGAUUCGCUCGUGGAUAUUUGGCAUAUGCUGGAGGAGGAAAAAAUUCUAGAGGGACGCAGUUGAUAGUAGCGUUGAAAGAGAAUGGCCCACUUGCAGGAGGAUCACCAUGGGAGGUUCCAUGGGGAGAGCUGGUUGGCGCAGACUCGUUCCAGACGUUGGGCAAAAUCUACACGGGCUAUGGAGAAAGUGGGCCUCCACAAGGACGCUUGAUGAAAGAAGGAGCUUCCGAUGCUGUCCGAGAGGAAUGGCCCAAGCUUGACUACAUCAACAGUUGCCAGUUGGUGGAUGAAAGGUUUCAAGAGCAGCCACUACGGGUAGUAGACUUCAAUUAG